GAGGAGAGUUUUGUUCUCUUUCAGAGUUUAACUACAAUCACAAAGCAGUAAUAGAAGAAUCAAUGGCAACAGGGGGUUUAUAUGACGAUUUGGUGCAGGAAAUUCUAAUGAGGUUACCAGCCAAGACUUUGCUCAGAUGCAGGUGUGUCUGUAGGUCUUGGUAUUCCUUAAUUACAAAUCCCGAUUUCAUUUUGGCCCAUGUCUGUUACAACAAGGCUAAACGCCAUCUUGUCCUUUUGCGAAGCUUUGAUCAUGCAGAAAAAAAGGUCAGGUAUAAACUCUGUCACGAUAAUGAGCAAUUGGAUGAGAUAAUGACAAUUGAUUUUCCUUUUGUUAGUAAACAUCAUGAUUAUUUUAGGAUGGUGGGUUGUGUGAAUGGGUUAGUAUGCUUGUCGGAUGAUAUUGUUGAAGUAACAGAUACUUUGAUUUUAUGGAAUCCGGUGAUUAGGAGAUUCCUGACCCUUCCUGAACUCAAACUAGAUGUUGAAUCAACUGAUUUGGGUCGGUCAGUUUUUGGUUUUGGGUUUGACUCUUCUAAGAAUGAUUACAAGGUUAUCAGGAUUGUUUAUCUUAAGAAUCCGGAUUUUGAAGCCCUCCAAGUUGACGCCAAAAUUGCAAUUUUUAGACUUAGCUCAAGUUGUUGGGAAGUUAAUGGCUCUGCUUCAGUCCCUGUGCUUGAUACCCGGCAAGCUUAUGUAAAUGGUGUUAUUCACUGGUUGGCUUAUAACAAGCUAAUUGUGGGGUUUGAUGUGAAAGGCGAGGCAUUCAAAGACAUGAUGCUUCCCCAAACCUUGCAGGAUGCCAAUAUUAGUGAUUUAACCAUCGCCUCAUGGUGUGACUUGCUUUCUGUAUUUGAAAAUGGGUAUUGGUCAGGGAAGCUUAGUUUGUGGAUUAUGAAAGAUUAUGGUGCGCCUAAAUCAUGGGUAAAGCAGUUUGUGAUUGAGUCAUUUGUAAUGGUCAGAAGUCUUAGAAGCAAUGGCUGUGUUAUACUGCAAAAUAUCGGUGGCAAACUAGUUUUAUAUAAUGCAAAGACCAAUCAGUUUGAGGAAUUCAAAACCCAUGUUGAGGGUUCUAUUCGUGGUUUUCAUAUGAGAUCAUACCUAGAGAGUCUAGCUCUAUUAGAUCAGAAGGACUCACACGGCGUUCUCUAGACUGUGCUCGAAUACCAUUGGAUGGUGCCAAAAACUGAUGAAGACAAAUAAUGCUGGAGAUGGGAACGAGUAUACCCAGAACUUUUAUCAGGAUGAUCAUGAGUUGUACAUUCAGCCUGCCGGUAUAAAUAACUUUGUUUUUUUUUCUUUGUUUCCCGUACGUGUUUGUGUGUUAAUAUAUGAAUAUAGGUUUUACAUAGUGAUGAUGCUGAUGGAUCUUGAAUUAUCUUUGUAAAUUCCAUGGAGUGAAUGAGGUCACACUGUUGAUCUUAUUGAUGCAUCAGUUCACAUUGCAGGAUAAGAUAGUGUUACGACUUUUAAAAGUGUGCUGUAAAAUUAUUUGAAUCAAUGUUUAAGUCACACCUUGAAUUGAUUUGAUGAGCUUGUCUGCAUAUAGUCUA